GUUCUCGACCACAUAGAAAAUAGAAAAGAAAAGGAAGUUGAAUGAGAAUCCCUCCUCUCUGUUGUAAUUGUAAUUGCAAUUGAAUUCCCAUUUGGGUUUCAAUUCUCUUUCUUUUCCUUUCCUUUUCUUCCAUCUUCUCGAUCUCUCCGAUCCACAUUCUCUACGCAUCAGAUCCAUCCAAUCCAUUCAGUCUCCUCAAUCGCAUUCCGAUAUGAGCACCGGCGACCUUCUCAGCAUCGAACCUCUUGAACUGAAGUUCAUAUUUGAGCUCAAGAAGCAGAUCUCGUGUUCUCUUCAAUUGUCAAAUAAGACCGAUAGCUAUGUAGCUUUCAAGGUGAAAACGACCAAUCCAAAGAAAUACUGUGUUCGUCCAAACACUGGAAUUGUCUUGCCACGAUCUACAUGCGAUGUUAUCGUUACCAUGCAAGCGCAAAAGGAAGCUCCGGCUGACAUGCAAUGCAAGGAUAAGUUUCUUCUUCAAAGCGUAAGAGUAGAGGAUGGAAUCGCCGCAAAGGAUAUCACUGCAGAAAUGUUCAACAAGGAAGCGGGGCAUGUGGUUGAGGAGUGCAAAUUGAGAGUGUUGUAUGUCUCUCCGCCUCAACCUCCGUCUCCAGUCCCGGAAGGUUCCGAGGAAGGAUCAUCACCUAGAGGUUCUGUUUCCGACAAUGGAAAUAUCAGUGGUGCUGACUCCGCUGCAGUAACAAGAGCAUUUGCUGAACGACACGAUGGUCCAGAAAAGUCUGUAGAGGCAAAAGCUCUUAUCUCAAGGCUGACUGAAGAAAAGAAUAAUGCUAUCCAACAAAAUAACAAGCUUCGUCAGGAACUGGACAUGCUGAGACGGGAAAGCAACAAAAGUCGUGGGGGUGUCUCGAUGGUCAUUGUCAUAUUAAUUGGCUUACUUGGCAUAAUUAUGGGGUAUCUCAUGAAGAAGACCUAAGUCUUUUUGAGAUUCAAUCCUUCACCAUAUGUUUGAUCUUAGUUUUCCUGUUGUUCCUGGCUAUUCAACAAAUGAAGACGAAGGGCAAAACAGAUUAAAUCCAGUAGGUGUUGGUGUUUUUUUGGGGGUCGACAACAAUAUGGACAUAGAAACAUUAGUUGAAAGCGUGGGUCAAUGAUUUCUUUUAAGAGCAGAUUACUGUGAACUGACUCAUGCUUUUGGUAACAUACAUUCUUUUUAAGUCAAGGGAAAAUUUGUUGUUUUAUGUGGUUCAUUCGGUGACUGUCUGGAAAUGUCAAACAAUGGCCACUAGUAGCAUGCAUAUUAUGAUUAUCGGAUAUUUUGUUUAUUUUUCAUGAGAAUAAUAUUACUUUGUAGUUGUUAGAUUUC